AUAGCAGCAGGAACUCGGCCUUCAACUAACAACAUUCACUCUCACCUGUCCAUCUCUUGAUUCAGCUUCUAGGAUCUGACACGGGAUCGGAAAUCUCUUGUAAAUCUGGGGUCUUUUUAACUGGGAGAGCUGUGGGGUAGUUCAUGAUCAUGGAUAUGGAAUUCUUACAGUCUCUGGAUAUUCAGAUUCUUGUGGGUGUGUCAGUGGCUGUUUUGGCCAUUGGAGUUGGUGCUGCCUACCUGUUUUCCUCUAAGAAAUCCAAAGGCUCCCUAGAUCCUGAGAAUUUCAAGGAGUUUAAACUUGUCAAGCGCGCACAGUUGAGCCAUAAUGUGGCAAAGUUUACAUUCGCACUUCCAACUCCUACUUCAGUUUUGGGUCUUCCAAUCGGACAACAUAUAAGUUGCAGGGGCAAAGAUAGCCAGGGUGAAGAGGUUAUUAAACCUUACACCCCAACAACAUUGGAUUCUGAUGUUGGGCAUUUUGAACUAGUCAUUAAGAUGUAUCCCCAAGGAAGAAUGUCACACCAUUUCCGAGAGAUGCGUGUUGGUGAUUAUCUUGCUGUGAAGGGACCCAAGGGAAGGUUCAAGUAUCAGCCUGGUCAGGUUAGAGCAUUUGGGAUGAUAGCUGGAGGAUCUGGCAUAACUCCCAUGUUCCAAGUUGCCAGAGCCAUAUUAGAGAACCCAGAAGACAAGACUAAGGUGCACCUUAUCUAUGCCAAUGUCACAUAUGAUGACAUUCUUUUGAAGGAAGAAUUGGAUGGCCUUGCUGCUAAGUAUCCAGAUCGUUUCAAGGUCUUCUAUGUGUUGAACCAGCCCCCUGAAGUUUGGGAUGGUGGUGUUGGCUUUGUGUCAAAGGAGAUGAUUGAAACCCACUGCCCUGCACCAGCACCUGAUGUCCAGAUUCUGAGGUGCGGCCCACCACCCAUGAACAAGGCCAUGGCUGCUCACCUUGAAGCUCUUGAAUAUGCACCCGCCAUGCAGUUCCAGUUCUGAUCCUUUGAGAUGGCCAUGAGCGUGUCCGCAGGCAUUGUUUCUCAUUUGUAUUAGUCCAACCAAAACAUUUUUGUUUUUAUACUCUAGUUCUUCUGGGAAUCCAAGAAGUCUUUGGAAGGAAAUAACCCAAUCUAAACUGGAACAAUGUAUUACCAUUAACAAUGCAAUCAAACUUGUUAAUCUUGAUUUUGUGAUAUUUAUAGGUUUGAACAAAUAAAGCAUGGGAUUAUCA